AUGGGAACUCGAGAUAUUAUCAACGUAUUUCCAACGGCCAUGGAAAAACGUCUGAUGGAAGGUAGGAAAAAAGUUGCAGAUAGAGGCUUCGAUAUUCUGAAGAGAAAGUCCGAAAUUCUGCAAAUGAAAUUCCGAAGCGUAGGCAAAGAUAUAGUAGAAAUAAAAACCGUAAUGGGAGAAAUAAUGAAAGAAGCUUCUGUGUUAUUAGCCGAAACCAAGUACACCUCUGGUAUUUCCAGUUCCAAUAUCUUGAACUGCGUCGAUAAAGCAAGAAUCAGAGUAAAGGACAAAACGGAUAAUCUCGCUGGUGUCAAGCUAAAAGUGUUUGAAUGUUUCAAAGAUGGUAAAGACAUCUACAGCCUUGCUGGCUUAUCGAGAGGGGGAGAUAAGGUAAUUUUGGUGAAGAAGGCUUACGUGCAAGCUGCGGAAAUGCUCGUAGAAUUGGCUACACUGCAGACGACAUUUAUCACGUUAGAUGAAAUAAUUAAAAUCACGAACAGAAGAGUAAAUGCUUUGGAAUAUAACUAUAUCCCGAAGUUAGAGAGGACGAUUAAGUACAUCGAGGAUGAAAUGGAUGAAAAUGAAAGACAGGAGUUUUUUAGAUUGAAAAAGGUUCAAGACAUGAAGAAAGCUUUAACUAAACGGAAAGAAGCGGAAUACGCAAGACGUUUCAUGGAGAGAGAGACAGAGUAA